AUGCAGCGCAGCCAUCCAGGUGACGACUCCUGGACACCUCUCGGCCAACGCCGAGGGAUAUCAGACCUGGCGCGAUCCGCCUUGAGUCUCGACUUGCACUGGGUCAGGGCAGACACUGAAAGUGCUGCUCGUCAGAGGAGCUAUCCCUCUCCCCCCAUGUCAGGAUCUCCAUCGAUCCCCCCUAAACUCAGCCAGGAGGCAGCCGAACGGGCGCAGGGAAGCUAUCAGCCCAUCACGCAGGAUGUUUACCGUGGAAUCCCAACAUCACAAGGUCACGAAAGGGCGCAGGCGAGCAACAUAGCCGGACCUUCUCGGCAGUUCCUCACCGAUCCACCAGAACGAACCGCAUAUUCUUUCCCUCCACAGCAAUCUGAGAGACCGGCACCUCAGCCUCUUACUUACUCCCAUUUGUCCAGCCAGAUCGGUGGACAACCAGGGCCGGCAUAUCUCCCAAUCCCAGGCACAGGCAGUGCAGUUGGGCCAUCGGGACAGCUAGCAGCUUCGCAAACCUAUCCUUCAGCACUUCACUCACAGCUGCAAGAUCCUCUUCAACAUAGCUCUGCAAAGGCGAGGAAGACCAAGGGGCAUGUGGCAUCCGCAUGUGUGCCGUGCAAGAAAGCCCACCUUCGGUUGGUUGCCCCGUCAAAACCUGUUGGCAUUGCCUAA